UCGCAGUCGGACCGGGCGCUCCGUGCUCCGCCAGCCGCCGGCGCCCGCUGCUCCAGCCAAACUUCCCGGGGCUCGGAGGGCGGGGGGGCGGCGGCGGCACGGGGGGGCCCGUGGAGCCCGGCAUCCCGCGACGCCUGCCCGCCCGCAGCCUGCCGAGCCCCCCGCGAGCUGCCGGAGCUGGGAGGGAAGAAGGGGGGGGCAAAGAAAAGAGUGACGAGGGAAGAGCAAUUCUAAUUUUUUUUUAAUUUUUUUUUUUAAGGAAAGAUUUAAAGGGAAUUUGGAAAGGGGGAACAAAAUUAGAGGAGAAAAAAAGUUUAAAAGUUAAAAGGAAAGGAGGAAAAAAACUUUUAAAAGAAAAAUUCAAGAGGGAGUUGUUUUUUUGGUUUUUUGUUUUGUUUUGUUUUGUUUUUUUUUAAGAGGAGGGAAAAAAUAAUUGAGGGAGAGAAAAAAAUAAUAAUUGCGAAGGGCUUGAUCCGGGAGAACAAUACUCGCCGGGAAAGUUGCUGCGCGGCGGGGAGGGAGCGGCGGGAGGAAAAUGCCGCAGCUGGGCAGCGGCGGCGGGGACGACCUGGGCGCCACGGACGAGAUGCUGGCCUUCAAGGACGAGGGCGAGCAGGAGGAGAAGAUCCCCGAGAACGCCUUCACCGAGCGCGACCUGGCCGACCUCAAGUCCUCGCUGGUGAACGAGUCCGAAGGCAGCGGCAGCCCGGCCGCCGCCGCCGCCGAUCCCGAGGCCCUCCGGCGAGUGCAGGAUCCGCAGAGGGUGUACCAGGAGAAGCUCCCGGACCACAUGGAUGAUGGUAUGAAACAUCAGGACCCAGGGAUGUAUAAAGGAUCUGCCUAUUCUGGUUACCCUUUCCUGAUGCUCUCAGAUCCGUAUCUGCCCAAUGGAUCUAUGUCACCUCUGUCCAACAAAGUUCCCGUCGUGCAGCCGUCGCACGGAGUGCACCCGCUCACCCCGCUCAUCCCGUACAGCAACGACCAUUUCAGCCACGGCUCCCACUCACCCCACUUGCCCGCUGACAUCAACCAGAAACAAGGAGUGCACCGUCCUUCCCAGACCUCAGACAUCCCUGGUUUCUACCCCCUGCCCCCCGGUGGAGUGGGCCAGAUCACGCCGUCGAUGGGAUGGCAGAGCCAGUCUGUCUAUCCGCUCCCGUCAUGUGGAUUUAGACAGCCAUAUUCGUCGGCGCUCUCUGCUGGGGCUUCUUUCUCCAGGUUCACUCACCCGCUGAUGCUGGGCUCUGGCAUGCACACCACUGGCAUCCCGCACCCCGCCAUCGUGCCCCACUCCGGCAAGCAAGAGAUGGAGCACUACGACCGAAACAUGAAACCUCAACCAGAACCAAAGAGAGAGAAGGAAGCCAAGAAGCCCACUAUUAAGAAGCCCCUGAACGCUUUCAUGUUGUAUAUGAAAGAAAUGCGGGCGAAAGUCAUCGCCGAGUGCACCCUGAAAGAGAGUGCUGCCAUCAACCAGAUCUUGGGAAGGAGGUGGCACGCGCUGUCCCGAGAGGAACAGGCCAAGUACUACGAACUGGCUCGCAAGGAACGGCAGCUCCACAUGCAGCUCUACCCCGGCUGGUCUGCCAGAGACAACUACGGGAAAAAGAAGAGACGAACACGGGAAAAGCAGCAAGAUUCCAGCUCGGAUCCUGCCUCUCCUAAGAAAUGCAGAGCUCGCUUUGGCCUCAACCAACAAACGGACUGGUGCGGCCCGUGCAGGAGGAAAAAGAAGUGCAUUCGGUACCUACAAGGAGAAGGACGCUGUGCCAGCCCAGUUUCUUCCGAUGGAAGUGCUAUAGACUCCCCUCCAUCCCCACCGGACGCACUCCGAUGCAUCCCCUCCGCCUUCCCGUCAGAGCAGCUCGCAGCCCCCGCCGACCCCGCGCACCGCGACCAGCCCGACCCCUGCCCCGUGUCCGCACACCUCCCGCCCGCCUCCGGCCCCUCCAGACCCGGCGCCCGGCGCUCCUCGGCGCCCGCCGCGCCCCCCGCCUACAGCCGCGCCUCCUCGGGGACAUAGUCCCUCGCCAGCCGCUGGCCACACCGGGCACUCCGCUCGCCCACUUGGUUCCGCUGCCCCCGGACGAGAGCCAGAGGCCCAGCCAAAUCCCCAUCUCACUGUAAAACAUGCAAAGUUUGGCGACAGGAUGACUUAAGGAUGAUGGAAAACUCAAUUGGUUGGGGUUUUUUGGAGGGGAGGGGUGAUAAACAUAGAAAAGCAAUUUCCAAAAAAAAGGUAAAAAAUAAGUACUUGCCAAAAUUUAAAGUGCUGAUGAGUAAACAAGCCUUUUGUCCCUGCCCUGUGAUGCUUUUUGUUUGUUUGUUUGGGGUUUUGUUUUGGUUUCUUUUUUACUGCAUUAUCUCAAAGUGUCGCAGAGAGCAGAGCCACAUCCCCAGCUUGCUGCUGUAGGUGGUAGGUGCUGUCAGUCUAACCCUGGCUCCCACUCCCUGCCCUCCGAGGUGCUUGAAAGUGUAGUCACUCACAGAUCUCCCAUAGCCCUUACAUCAAGGAGCUGGAAAAGCUGGAAUAGGAGAAUUUUUUAAAAGCCCGUAUGUCUGAAAAGGAAACGAAGCAAUGCUGGCGUUCUGAUCUGACCGGGUAAAAGAGAAAUUAAGUAUUUAAACUGAUGAGGUGAAUUUUUUUAACUUCUUGUUUGACAACAGGAAGAUGUUUGCAGGUAACAGGUCUCUGUGCAGACAUGUCCCAUUCCACGGUUGUACAGCAAGGCAGAGGAAAAGGGAGCACCAGCCAGGCAAAGGAGCCCGGACCAGCUGCUGGAAGGGCUGAUGGUUGCUCAGGACAUUGGUCAGGUGCAGGGUCUGCCCUGCUGUUAGGAAUUGUCCUCUGCAGAUGUGGAUGGUCAGAAAUCCCACCAGACACACUGGCCAAAGGCUCAGAAAUCAGUCUGUUGCUUUUGUAGGCUCUGAUCGAGCUCUGCACCUCCACACCAGCAAGCAGGGCAGGGCAUGUGGGGAGCCAGCAGCCCCGGCAGGCUAGCCAGUGGCCCAGGAUCACACUAGCCCAGGGCAGAGGACCACGCUGGCCAGUGGCCCAGGAUCACACUAGCCCAGGGCAGAGGACCACGCUGGCCAGUGGCCCAGGAUCACACUAGCCCAGGGCAGAGGACCACGCUGGCCCAGCGGGUCCUUCAGGAGAGGUGUGAGCUCUCCUGUGGCGGGGCAGUGUGGCAGCAGAGCAGACUCAGUGCCCUGCUCUGUAGGCAUCUGUCUGUACGUACCCUCGGCAAGAUAAGAACCCUCUUUUUCAUGAUUCAGUGUAGAACUUUUUAAAAAACCUUAUUCUAGCUUUUUCUAAAAGAUUCUCCCUCCACCCCACUGACAAUGCCAAAUGAUAAUGUAUUCUCUCCAGCUUUAAAAUGUUUACCACUUUCUGGUAUUGUAUUUAUAUUUUGAGUUUGAUAAACAAAAAACACUGUGGAUGGAUUAUGAUCUCCAUGAACUGAUGUAAAUCCCAAAUAAUUCCAAGUUCUGGAUUUACUUCAGGUUUACAGUCUUCUCAGAGACCACAGUCUAGUCCAGUGCAGACUUUUUUUCCUGUUUGAAAGAAAUCUAUUCCAGACUGCUGAAGAGAAAAAUGACACCACACAGAGGUAGAGGGGGCACUAUUUUUUUCCUACUUGAUAGAUGGAUUUUGGAGUACUGAAUACAAAUUAUGUAGUAAUAUUAUUGUAGAACUGCAAGAAAUUUAAGAUGACCUUUAUAAUGUACAAACUAUUUUUAUAUUUUUUUCUUAAUGCAAAAACAAAAACCAUAAUUUUUUACAUUGGAUUAAAUGUAACUUUUUAACCAAGUUUAUGCCUCAAAGAUUUAAAAAUUAAAAAAAAAAAAGCCAAACCUAACUAGUCUGUAGAGCAGCUUUGGGUUUAGUCCCUUUAUUUAGAUAGUUUUGCUUCUAGUAGUGUAGAUUUUUUAUUUCUGGUUUUAGUUUUGAAGAUCUAAACCUAUUUCUUUAUUCCUCUCCUGUAUAAAUGUAACUUCAGAAGCACUGACAGAAAGCUAUGUGCACAAACCUGACAAGUUUGCAAAGAGUUAUUUUGAAGUUUGAGAAUCAUUUUAACCCUUGGAGAAGUAGCAUUACCUGAUCCAAUGCCAACUGUACACUUUUGUACUGACUGCACUCAGAGGGUUAAUUACAUAGCACUAGAUCAAUAUGCAAUCUGCUCAUUUUAAAUUAUUUUAGCAAGCUUAGCCAACGUGUUCUGGUGCUGAACAGAGGAACUCAGUAGACUUGCUAGACCUUAUAUGGUCUCUUUAAUCAUUUGAUUUUCAAACAAACAAAAAAAUACAGCUUUAAAAAUAGCUGUGUCUCAGCUCAUCAUUUGUCACUCUGAGACCCUCUGCUGCAAGGUGCUGUAAGUGUCACCUACUGGAAACACCACAGAUGACAGACCAGCCACCAUAGCCUGGUGUACCCCAUACUGGGUGUAAGGCUCGUGUAACUCAACACCUGACUGCUAUUGUGUGGUUGGAUGACAGAUAGAACUUAGCAGCAAAGCAAAGGCAGGUAGAAAAGAAGCAGCUGAUGUGUAUAAAUAACACCAGAGGAAAUUUCAGGGAAAGUCCUGAUCAGUAUUAAACUGGCCGAGGCACCCAGACCAGCCCUCAUUCAUUUCACACCCUGGGACUUUCACCCACUUAUUUCAAGGCUCCUCUGGCCCCUCCAUGGUGUUGUGAGUCCCUGCCUCGACCAGCAAGAGGCUCAUCUGCAUUACAGCUGCCUCUCACCAUUGCUAUUCCAACUGACUCCUGCAAAAGCUCCUUAGUGACACCUAACACCCCCUCUCCAGGAGCCCCUCCCUGUGCCCCCGUGGCACAGAAGCAUUUUCAGAGCCCCAGAGCUGGAGCAGUCACACCCCCAGCGUUGUCUACAUGUGCUCUGCUCUAUACAUACAGGCCAGACCUUACCCUGUGCUUCCAGCUACUGCAGGAUAAACUCAGAAUACCCACUUGUGCUAUACUGCACUCAGUUUAUACUGGGGUACCUGAGAAAAUUUCAUUAUUUUUAUUCCAAAACACAGAAAAGAUACUGUUUGGCUGCCCCUUUCCAAGACAAAACAGCAUGACUGACUUCUGUUCUGUGGCCCCACGGCUGAUAACCAAUGCCAAAACAAAGUUACUACUACCAAAAAAAGUGUCUUUCAAACAGCAAUAUGAAGUGUUGCUAUUUUGUGUUAAUACUCUUUUUUAAUAAAAGGAAGACGUUGCCCUGAAGUUUUUAUCUCAACAAGAAUUUUUUGAGUUAUUUUACAGUAGUUUUAACUCUUCCUGAAAUACAUAUUUGAAUUCCUGAAAUCAGUCUGAAUGUAGAAGUCAUGGAAGUACCACUUCAUUAACAAGUAAAACCACUGUAUGUAUGUAGCAGGGAUAAAUGUUUUGCAGCUGUAUCUUCAUUUGUCCAAUGACUAUCCAUCAUUUGUUGUAAUUUUUUUACUUCACUGAGUUUGUAUUUUUUGGCUUUUAUGUUCAAAGUAUGUUUAUAGCUUUAUAAAUAAAGUAAUUGCCAGACUGGCUGUUCAAAAGA